CGACACAACAGCGGCCUGUUGACUGAUUCAAAGAGUCGACGUGUGCGGAUCUCCAUUAACGGGUCUCGAUUAACGGAUCUCCAGAUUCACAAUUUCAAUCGUCGAUAUGUCCGUAGCCAGAGUCAUCUCGCAGAGUCGGACCGCCCUUUCCAGGGGCUUCACAACCCGACGCGCCGCUGGCUCGUUACUCCACUUUGUCAGCACAGCAGCUCCGCAGCUCCAGUUCUCCUCAAGUGCGCGGAUUCAGGAAGAAGUUGUUCAGGCGCCGGCUACAGGGCGAGAGGCUCCUCUUACGGCGAUCUGCAACGCGACCCCUGGAAACAAUGCGCACUCCAUUGCCGUUACGAAAAUGGCCUGGAACACUGUCCCGGCUGAUGUCGAACAACUUCUUCGCAACGCUGGCUGUCCUAUCAAGAAGCUCCAGAUGCGAAUCGAGCGUUUUACUUUCCAAAGUGAUACUUCCGCCUUCAUCGAGCUUGGUAGCAAAGAGCAAGUGGACAAGGCCGUUAAGGCGUUGAACAAUCAGAAAGUCAAUGGGCGCACCCUGAAAGUCACCCCGAUGUCGGACACAUUCUACUGGGACUCCGGUUUCAAAAAGCACCAGAGAUUCUUCUACUAUGACGCUACCACUCCAUCCCAGGCAAUUCAGGGCGUCCUGGACGGUCGAAGGUACAGAUUGUACGUUGAGAACCCUGGCUGGGUCCCCGAGGUGGAUGAGGCUAUGUCCGUCAAUGCCAAAAGACGUGAAGUCAUCAAUAAGGCCUUCGAACCCUUCAACGUGGAGGCAAUAGGUGCGGUGCACCCGGUAUGGAAGAAGGACGGGCGAGGCCACAAGACAUUUGUGACACACAUCGAAUUCUCGACGAAGGAGGAUGCGCAGCGCGCGGUGGACGCCCUGAACGACACCGUUGUCGAGGGAAAGCUUGUGGAACUAAAGCCGUUCACUGUCAUUGGCAAGCGAGCCGAGCAUAUCGGUAGAGUGGACAAGGGUGUUCUUGCCCAGUUGCAGGAGGCUGGUCUCCUUACCUCAGAGGGUGACCCAGAUGCCAUGUAAAUUUUGUCAUUAUCCGGCAGUCACCAUGUAAGAUACCUUGUAUACUGAGCAUUGCAAAGUGCAAUUGGGAUGAUUGGAAAGAGAAGACACAUAGCUUUUCCGAUAUGGACUAUGAGAAUCCACUUCGGUGUCCUUCACGAACUGCCCUUUCCGCC